GAUAUGCGACAAGUGGGGAAUGUCCCUGUUAUCAUGACGCGAGGUUUCCAAGCUUCACUGCUACAACAGAUCGAUCGUGCAGCUUUUCAACCUCGCAUUGUACAUAUAUUCUUUGCACUACGCGCAUAUUACCUAUCAUAGUCUACGGAUUUAAUUUCAAGAUCCUCAUUUGGCUACAAGGAAGACCACCUGGCGUUCGACUCGAUACCGUGAUACUAAGGAUAGGUGGCGCGCUCGUCCGGGUGUAAUCGUCAUGAAGUUCGGCGAGCAGCUCCGCUCUAGCAUUAUUCGCGAAUACCAAUGGUAUUAUAUCGACUACGAUGGACUGAAGAGUGAACUCAAGACGGCCUCCGGGCCGCUUGUAGAGGUGGACGAAAGCCCCUCAGGUUCCGGAAGCAAGAAGGGCAAGGCCAAAGCCAAGAGUCAGCAGAAAAACAGGUGGACGGAAGAGGACGAGCAGAGGUUUAUUAGUAGACUGUAUGCGGAACUCGAUAAGGUCUAUACUAAGACCAAGGUCAAGCAGUCGGAGAUCCAACGUCGUAUAGCGGUCAGCGAACGGGAGGUCAAGGAGGUCGUCGCCAAAGUUACCGAGCGAGGCUUGACAGAGCAGGGACCUUCCGAAGAGGAAUUCAUACUGCUUGAGGAAGACCUGAGCGAUAUAAUUGCUGACGUCCACGAUCUCGCCAAGUAUGUCCAAUUGAAUUAUACAGGGUUCUACAAGAUAAUCAAGAAACAUGAUAAAAUGACCAACUGGCACCUCCGACCCUCGUUCGAUACCGCACUCAAGAACAAGCCCUUCUAUAAUGAGGAUUUCGACGCCGAAGUAGUGAAACUCUCCAACAUGUACAACCACGUCAGGACGCGUGGCAAUCCCGUAACAGGUGAUAGCGCUGCCGGUGGUACCCAGGGCAGCUUCGUCCGCCAGACGACAAAAUACUGGGUGCAUCCAGACAAUGUCACUGAAUUAAAGCUGAUCAUCCUGAAGCAUCUGCCAGUGCUUGUCUUCAAUGCGAGCAAGGAAUUUGAGCCGCAGGAUUCUGCUAUUUCUUCCAUCUACUUUGAUAACCCAGAGAAAUGGGAUCUAUACGAAGGCCGACUAAAGAAGACGGAGGGUGCUGAAGCUAUCCGUCUUAGAUGGUAUGGUGGCAUGCAAACCGAUACUAUUUUCGUGGAACGUAAGACCCAUCGCGAAGACUGGACUGGAGAAAAGUCCGUAAAAGCUCGCUUUUCUAUGAAGGAGAAGAACGUCAACGCAUACUUGAGGGGAGACCUACUUCCGGCAGCCCUCUUUGAAAAGGCUCGAAAGGACGGUAAGAAAUCCGAAAAAGCCAUUGCCGAGGAUGAGACUUUGGCAAAGGAAGUUCAAUACUCAGUCUUGAAGAAUGGGUAUAAGCCGGUUUGCAGAUCGUUUUACAAUCGAACUGCGUUCCAACUGCCCGCCGAUGCUCGUGUCCGAAUUUCACUCGAUACUGAGCUUACAAUGAUACGAGAGGACAACCUCGAUGGCGUUAAGCGGAGUGGUGAUAAUUGGAGGCGAAUGGACAUCGGGAUUGAUUAUCCCUUCUCACAGCUACCUGCUGGAGAUGUCGUGCGUUUUCCCUACGCCGUCUUGGAAGUAAAACUCCAAACCCAACAUGGACAAGAGCCCCCCGAGUGGGUUCGUCAACUCAUUUCAAGCCACCUUGUAGAAGCUGUGCCCAAGUUCUCUAAGUUCAUUCACGGCACGGCUUCAUUAUUCCCUGACCGAAUCAAUCUUCUUCCUUACUGGAUGCCGCAGAUGGACGUAGAUAUUCGCAAACCGGCAACUCACAACUUUGGCAUUCACCGGCCGACACAUUCCCAUACUAGCGGCACGACCUCGGACGACGACGACGAUGAUGAUGAUGAUGACCUUGAUUCGGAUGCCGAAGAUACUACCGACACUGGAUCUGCAGGUCCUUCAAGUCACGGAAAUGGCUUGUCGCGGGGUGCCCAAGCUCUCGAGUUAGGGGAUAUCGAGGGACAGACGGCAGAGGGCACGGUUGCGAACCAAGAUUACCCCUUGUAUGACUCGGAUGACGAAGUAGAUGAAGAGGAUGCGCUUGAGGAGGCAAGAAGGGUUGGCGGCUGGACCUACUACUCAACUCUAGCUAAGAAGUACGCAAGAGCGGCUGGUCAAGGGGCAUGGUCAGUUCUAAUGGCCAUAACACCACGUCCUCGAGCUUCAACCGUGCCUCGUAGUAACCGAACACAAAUGUUCUUCGGUGACCAGAAUGUCCAGACGAAGAAGUUCAGAGCCCCGAAGGGCAAGAAGAUUUACGUGCCUGUUAGAGUCGAACCUAAGGUCUACUUCGCGGCGGAAAGGACCUAUCUCAGCUGGCUCGAAUUCUCGAUUUACAUUGGCACCAUUGCUGUCACAUUGCUUAACUUCGGCACACACCCGACCAAGCUCUCAUUUAUCGUAUCUGGGCUCUUCACCUUUCUAGCUGUCUUGUCGCUCUGUUAUUCUGUUGGUAUCUACCUAUAUCGAAGUAAGGGAAUUCGUGAGCGCAAAGCUAUUAAGUAUUAUGACAGAUUGGGACCGAGCGUUUUAUGCGCGGCACUCUUUGUGGGAGUUGUGCUGAACUUCGCGUUCGAAGGCCGAGACAGGGCGGUAUGGUAAAUUAGAUAUUGCCUAUGGCUACCUAGUACGGAUUUUACUUGGGUGUUCUAGUACAAGCUGUGUAAAAGGGGCUGUAUAGUGGUGUGUAGAAUAUGUACUUAGGUACCAUGUAGGUUGUUCGUUCGAGUUUGCUACCUGUGUUAUCUAUAGGAUCGAGUUUAUGAGAUGGAGUGAGUGACUGUACAUAGAGGAAGAUGGAAUAUUAGCGAUCCAUCUAAACAGAUACCGAAGAUUGAAAAUUAGCUGGUAGGCGUUGUAGAUCGCAUCGGCGGAGUAUAUAUAAGGUAUCUGGUAGCUUCGGUA